AUGAGUGGACGUAAUUGUUUUAAAAAUAUUUUUAAAAAUAUAUUCAGUAAAAACACAAUAUCUAAAAAAAGCACAAAUAUGACUAAAGUAGGAAAAGGUGUUGGGGGAACUAUGCUUUUAGUAUCACCAAUAUUAUUUGAAUUAAAACAUAAAGAAGAAGAAAAUUCUCCAAAAUCUGAAUAUAUUUUUAUGGCUGGAAAGAGUAUAGAUUUUUUAACUCAGAAAAUAUUUGAAAAUGAAUAUGGGACAUCAAUAUUGUAUUUAGUAUUUUUUGUCGCAUAUUUAGCAUUACUUGUUCAUGAUAAUAAAGUAAAUUUAAUGGUUCAAAAAUUAAAAUUCAAAUUUUCUAAUAAUAUGUUUUCAGUUGGUCAUCCCAACUAUAAACAAUAUUUACCAAAAAAUCCUCUUAUAAAAAAAGAUUAA